AUGCCAGUGGGUGGCCUCUGCAUGCUGCUGGGCAUGCUGGCACUGCUGACGGCGCCGGCCGGCUGCCUCCUGGACCACGGCCUCCACGUCAAGAUCUCCUGCUCGGCGGACCCCUCGGCGUCCUGCCACGUGGCCGCCGUGCCCGGCGACGACCAGCCCGCAGAGAGCCCGUUGGAGGACGCGCGCCGCGAGCAGCGCGACGACCCUGGCGACUCCGGAGCGGUGACGCUCGGCUUCCUCGGCGCCUACGGCCAGACCCACGUGGUGCUGGGCGCCCUGCCGCUGGCCGUCCGCAGCGUCAACGAGGACCCUACGCUGCUGCCCGGACGACAGCUGCAGUACCUGGCGGCGGACAUCGGCACCAACCCGUCCGAGUCGGGGCUGCGGCGCCGGGACUCGUCGCUCGCCGCGCUGGCCCUGCGCGUCAUGACCGUGAUGCGCGACCGCGGCGCCGUCGCCUUCAUCGGCCCGGACGACACGUGCGGCGCGGAGGCGCUGGUGGCCACGGCCUGGAACCUGCCCGUCAUCUCCUACAACUGCGCCGACGCCCACAUGUCCGACAAGCGAGUGUACCACACGUUCGCGCGCACGCUGCCGCCCGCCUCCAAGGUGUCCAAGUCCGUGGUGGCGCUGCUGCGGGCCUUCGACUGGGGCAGCUUCGUCGUGGUGGCCGGCAAGCAGCCCGCCUGGAGCACCGGCGUCAAGGACGCCAUCGAGGACCUCGCCCGCACGCACGGCAUCGCCAUCUCCGACAUCUGCGAGUUUUCCGACUACAUCCCCCGCCACAUCGAGGAGAUGGAGGCCAUCGUGGAGAAGACGUACGAGACGACUCGAGUGUACGUGUUCGUCGGCGAGCACGUGGCGCUGGUGGACUUCGUGAUGGUGCUGCACCGACGCGGGCUGCUGGAGAAGGGCGAGUACGUGGUCAUCUCGGUGGACGACGAGAUCUACGACCCCGAGUCCAAGCACAAGAUUGUCCAGCGAGAGUACCUGGACCCGUUCCUCCGCAACGGCACCGCGUCCAGCGCCGAGGACGCCGCCGUCGGCUUUCGCUCCGUGCUCAAGCUCACGCCCGGCCACCCCCGCAACCCCAAGUACAAGAACAUCUCCGCCGAGAUCAAGAAGCUGUCGACGGGGCCGCCGUUCUGCGUGCCCUACCACCCCAGCAUCUUCGGCAGCAUCUCGGUGCCGAUCCACGCGGCGCACCUCUACGACGCCGUCAUGAUCUACGCGCGCGCCCUCACCGAGAUCCUGGAGGACGGCGUGGACCCGCGCAACGGCACGGCCGUGCUGCAGCACAUCCGGGGCCGCGCCUACCAGUCCGUGCAGGGCUUCGACGUGCUGAUCGACGACAACGGCGACGCGGAGGGCAACUUCAGCGUGGUGGCGGCGCUGCCGGACGCCAAGACGGGCAUCAGCAUGCAGCCCGUGGGCUACUUCGUGUACAGCCACACCAACGACACGGAGGCCAUGCAGACGGCGCUCCCGGAGUUCCGCUACUUCGACGACUCCCGCAAGAUCCAGUGGGUGUCCGGGUCGGCGCCGCGCGGCCAGCCCCAGUGCGGCUUCCACGGCGAGCGCUGCACGUCCCGGGCCGACUGGCGGCUCAGCCUGCCCGUGGCCGCCGUCGCCGUGCUGCUGGCCGUGGCCGCCGCCUUCGCCCUCAAGCACUACCGCUACGAGCAGAAGCUGGCGUGCCUCCUCUGGAAGGUGGACAGCCGGGACAUCACCCUCAUCCCGUCGGGCAGCGACACGGCCAACAAGAGCAUGGUGUGCCGACGCAGCGUGCUGCGGCCCAGCGCGCCCGGCAGCGUGGCCGAGGCCACCGCGGGGGCCUUGGACGCCGACGGCGGCGACCCGCGCGUCCUGGCGCACACCCACGUCGGCCUGUACAAGGGCAACAUCGUGGCCGUCAAGUACGUGCACAAGCGCUCGCUGGACCUCACCCGCAGCAUCCGCAAGGAGCUCAAGCAGAUCCGCGAGGUGCGGCACGAGAACCUGAUCCCGUUCAUGGGCGCGUGCGUGGACCAGGGCGCGCUGUGCAUCCUCACGGCGUACUGCGCGCGCGGCUCCCUGGAGGACGUGCUGGCCAACAAGGACCUGCACCUGGACAACAUGUUCGUGUCCUCGCUCGUCGCCGACAUCCUCAAGGGCAUGAUCUACCUCCACGACAGCGACAUCGUCUCCCACGGCAACCUGCGCUCCUCCAACUGCCUCGUGGACUCGCGGUGGGUCCUGCAGAUCUCCGACUUCGGCCUGCACGAGUUCAAAGCCGGGCAGAUGGAACCGGACGCCGUGCGCCGGGAGCUGCGGAGGUGUCUGUGGCGCGCUCCGGAGCUGCUGCGCGCCUCCGGGGCGGCCUGCAUCGGCCACCACCAUCCGGGCAGGGGCACCCAGAAAGGCGACGUCUACUCGUUCGCCAUCUUGCUGUACGAGAUCAUCGGCCGGGCCGGACCGUGGGGCAGCACAACGCUCUCCGACCAAGAGAUCGUGGAGCGGGUGGCGGCGCCGCCGCCGCCGGGCCAGCCGCCCUUCCGGCCCGACGUGCGCACCCUGGCCGCGCUGGAGGCGGAGCAGGCACAGCAGGGCACGGCCGACUACGUGGUGCGCUGCGUGGAGGCGUGCUGGAGCGAGGACCCCGAGCAGCGGCCCGACAUCCGCCUGGUGCGCGUCAAGCUCAAGGAGAUGCAGGCCGGACUAAAGCCGAACAUUUUUGACAACAUGCUGUCCAUCAUGGAGAAGUACGCGUACAACCUGGAGGGCCUGGUGCAGGAGCGCACCAACCAGCUCACCGAGGAGAAGAAGAAGACGGAGGCGCUGCUGCACCGCAUGCUGCCGAAGACGGUGGCCGAGGCCCUGAAGCGCGGCGACCCCGUGGAGGCGGAGAGCUUCGACUGCGUCACCAUCUACUUCAGCGACAUCGUGGGCUUCACGGAGCUGUCCGCCGAGAGCACGCCGCUGCAGGUGGUGGACCUGCUCAACGACCUGUACACGUGCUGCGACUCCAUCAUCUCGCACUACGACGUGUACAAGGUGGAGACCAUCGGCGACGCCUACAUGGUGGCCAGCGGGCUGCCGGUGCGCAACGCGGGCCGCCACGCCGGCGAGAUCGCCUCCAUGGCGCUGCGCAUCCUGUCGCGCAUCCGCCGCUUCGAGGUGCGGCACCGCAAGGGCGAGGCCGUGCAGUUGCGCAUCGGCAUCCACUCCGGCCACUGCGUGGCGGGCGUGGUGGGCCUGGCCAUGCCGCGCUACUGCCUGUUCGGGGACACGGUCAACACGGCGUCGCGCAUGGAGUCGUCGGGGCUGCCGCACCGCAUCCACAUCUCGGAGGCGACGCACGCGCUGCUGCAGCGCCUGGGCGGCUACCACUGCGAGGAGCGCGGCGUGAUCCCCAUCAAGGGCAAGGGCGCCAUGCGCACCUUCUGGCUGCUGAGCGAGGACCCCGCGCGCCGCAUCGCCCGUUUCAUGAAAUUUUUUCACACGGGUCUUUCAACAGAAGGCCUGAGCGAGACACCCGACCUCCUCCGA